UAUAUGUCCUGAGUAGUUGUAGGCUAGGUUCUGUAUUUAUUUAUAGUCAUUCAAAAAUUACCUACACGUGUGCUCGAGACAUGUAGGCUUGCUCGAGACAUGUAGGCUGGCUAACAUAUCCCAGGCUUUGAAUUGAACUUGCUGGUGAUGAUGCUCGUGGAUCAUGACUGUUCUGGGACUGAUGUUCGGUUGGUUCGUCAGCUCAACAAGGGUAUGAGGAUUCAACCAGGGAUGUGCAACGGGGGGACCGAGCAGCAACGGGGAUGUAAAACUGGAGACGUCAAUGAACAUAUUGUUUGUCUGCAAUCUCAGGAUGAAACGGGACGGGUGUGUCCUGGAAGCCCAGCACUGGCGACAGACACGCGGCUAUCCUCCUGUUCCACAGCAGACCGUGAACCAAGCAGUGGCAGUUACAACGUCUCCACUGGAACGGGAACCUUUUACAGCUGCGUCAGUCAGAUCACCAUCGGGUUUGAUCUCGGGGGCCAAGUGGCCAUUGGUAUCUCUCAUUGGAACAGUCCAUUCCCUCCCAGAGGUCACCCCCUGUGUGACAGUCCUGAUGGGGUUCGCUCCGAGGCCUCCGCUGCCGCAGCCCCGCAACUCCCUGAGUACCAAGAGCCAGUGUCCUGUCCUGCCUCCCUGUCAAUCAACCCUAUAUCAUCCCACUGCAGCGCCAGCCAGGAGACCAUCAGCGAUAGCAGCACAAGUGUGAGUAUCUCUCUACAUGGGGCUGAGCUCCAGUGGCAGAGCCCCCACAGACGCAGAGUUCUGCGGGCCCCGGCCCCUGGGGUUGAGGCUGCGGAUUUCUCCUUCCCCCCCAACAGGUCACCAGUCAGAAUGGAGGUGUCCUUGGCUGGGGCUCCGGAUUCCCCCAGCACACAGGACAACGUGCCACCCCACGUUUUGAAGGAUGUGAAGUUGUUAAUGGAGAGUUUGGAGGGGCUGAGCACUCCGUCCAAAGAUUGCGACUCAACCCUGCUUGACCCCGGGACCAGUAGCAUCCUGGACGACAACACCAGGACUGACCCGGAACCAGAGGUAGGGAGAAGUAGGUCCAGUGGCUUGUGCUUCAGCGAUGGCAAGUGCCACAUCGACUACAUCCUGGUUUACAGGAAGUCUGGUCCACAGUCGGAAAAGAGGGAAAUAUUUGAGCGCAACAUCCGGGCCGAGGGCUUGCAGAUGGAGAAGGAGUUGUCUGUGUGCAACAGUGAUGUGAUCUUCCUGAAGCUGCAUGCUCCCUGGGAGGUGCUGUGUCGCUACGCAGAGCUUAUGAACAUUCGGAUGCCGUUCAGGAGGAAAAUCUAUUACAUGCAUCGACGGUACAAGUUCAUGAGUAGGAUGGAGAAGAGAAUCAACAGAUUUCGAGGAUGGCUGCCUCGCAAACCCAUGAAGUUUGACAACAACACCCUCCCUGACCUGGAGGAGAAUGAAAGCUUUACCGCCCCCUUCAGUCGCUCCAGAAUACAUCAUUUCACCAUUCACAACAAAGACACGUUCUUCAACAACGCCACCAGGAGUCGCAUCGUCCAUCAUAUCUUGCAAAGGGUCAAAUAUGAGGAGGGCAAAGACAAAAUGGGGCUGAAUCGUCUUUUGAGCAAUAGUUCAUACGAAGCAGCUUUUCCCCUUCAUGAGGGGAGCUACAGAAGUAAGAACUCCAUCCGGACGCAUGGGGCAGAGAACCACAGACACUUGCUGUAUGAAUGCUGGGCCUCGUGGGGUGUGUGGUACAAGUACCAGCCACUGGACCUCAUAAGGCGGUACUUCGGGGAGAAAAUUGGUCUCUAUUUUGCCUGGCUGGGUUGGUACACUGGGAUGCUGUUCCCUGCGGCGCUGGUUGGGCUAAUGGUCUUCCUCUACGGCUGGUUCACCCUAGACCACUGCCAGGUCAGUAAAGAAAUCUGCCAGGCCACUGACAUCAUCAUGUGCCCCAUAUGUGACGAGUACUGCCCCUACCUGAGACUCUCAGACAGCUGCAUCUAUGCCAAGGUCACCCAUCUUUUUGACAAUGGUGCAACAGUUUUCUUUGCUGUAUUCAUGGCUGUGUGGGCAACCGUGUUUCUCGAGUUCUGGAAGAGGCGGCGAGCGGUCCUUGCAUAUGACUGGGACCUAAUUGACUGGGAGGAAGAGGAGGAGGAAAUCCGUCCCCAGUUUGAGGCCAAAUAUUCAAAAAAGGAGAGGAUGAACCCCAUAUCUGGAAAACCUGAGCCGUACCAGGCCUUUACAGACAAGUACAGCCGACUCAUCGUCUCAGCUUCUGGAAUCUUCUUUAUGAUCCUGGUGGUGAUCGCUGCCGUCUUCGGCAUCGUGAUUUACCGCGUGAUCACAGUCAGCACUUUUGCCGCCUUCGGCUGGGCUCUCAUCAGGAAUAACUCUCAGGUGGCCACCACCGGCACAGCCGUGUGCAUCAACUUCUGCAUCAUCAUGCUCCUCAACGUGUUGUAUGAAAAAGUUGCCCUUCUGCUCACCAAUUUAGAGCAGCCGAGGACUGAGUCCGAGUGGGAGAACAGCUUCACCCUGAAGAUGUUCCUGUUUCAGUUUGUCAAUCUCAACAGCUCUACCUUCUACAUAGCUUUUUUCCUGGGCAGGUUCACUGGCCGGCCAGGAGCCUAUAUCCGCCUCAUUAACCGCUGGAAACUGGAAGAGUGCCAUCCCAGUGGUUGUUUGAUAGAUCUCUGCAUGCAGAUGGGUAUCAUCAUGGUGCUCAAGCAGACUUGGAACAACUUCAUGGAGCUGGGCUACCCGCUGAUCCAGAACUGGUGGACACGGCGAAGGCUGAGGCAGGAGCAUGGCCCCAACGCCAAGGCCAGCUUCCCACAGUGGGAGAGGGACUACAACCUGCAGCCCAUGAAUGCUUACGGACUGUUUGACGAAUACCUGGAGAUGAUCUUACAGUUUGGCUUCACCACCAUAUUUGUGGCAGCUUUCCCCCUGGCCCCGCUCUUGGCCCUCCUCAACAACAUCAUUGAGAUCCGCCUGGAUGCCUACAAGUUUGUCACCCAGUGGCGGAGACCCCUGCCCUCUCAAGCCAAAGACAUAGGGAUCUGGUACGGCAUCCUGGAGGGCAUCGGUAUCUUGUCCGUCAUCACCAACGCCUUUGUCAUCGCCGUCACCUCCGACUUCAUCCCACGCCUUGUCUACGCAUACAAGUACGGCCCGUGUGCCGGGCAGGGCCGGGCCGGGGAGAGGUGCAUGAUGGGAUAUGUAAACGCCAGUCUAUCGAUGUUCAGAGUGUCUGAUUUUGAGAACACUUCGGUGCCCAGGACAGAUGGAUCGGAUAUGUUUGGAGAAGCAGUGAAGUACUGCAGGUACCGUGACUACAGAGAGCCCCCGGACUCGCCCGGUGAACCAUACUCCUACACGCUGCAGUUCUGGCAUGUCCUGGCCGCACGGCUGGCCUUCAUCAUAGUCUUCGAGCACAUGGUUUUCACCAUCAAGAACCUGAUCGCCUACCUGAUCCCAGACCUGCCCAAGGACCUGCGUGACCGCAUGCGGCGGGAGAAGUACCUGAUCCAGGAGAUGAUGUACGAGGCCGAGCUAGAGAGACUGCAGAAGGAGAAGAACGAGAAGAAGAAGAAUUACAGGGCCCAUCAUAACGCAUUGCCCUGAAUGCACAAACAGGUCAUACUGGUGUCCAUUUUUGCUCGGUGGUGUUGGGAGUGGGAAUGACAGAGAACUGGCUGCAUGCACGCCAGGGACUGUCCUGCCUGUCUGCGUCUCCCACUGGACCAGGUGAGCGCCCCCAAGAGGACCGUCAGCAUGCUCCUCACCAUGGUGUUCAAACGUACUGUAGGUCAUUCUGAAUCCGAGAGGCCAGUGGGUGAGGGGGAAAAAGAGGACAUACAUUGGAACAUUUGACAAUGGGUUUACUACUUUUUUCCAGAUUGCUCCUUCUACUUUGGACUCACAACUGUACAUUUCUUCAAAACCUGAAUGUAGAUUUCAAAGAAACACAAAAACAAUCUUUUGCAGUUCUAUUGUCACAACUUUAAAAAAUAUUCUGUCAUCCGUGCGGUUGAAUGACAAACCCUGUUUACAAUCCUAGCCUUUUUAUUUUGAGGACAAAACUCAUGAGAAAUCAUGAUCAAUUGCUUUCACAAGGUUGUGAACCUUCAGCCAUGACCUCUGCUUACAUUGUGUGCUGCAAUAAGAUGUUAUUUUGAAACGAUGUUCCAUCAGAUCUGUGUUAGUGGACACAGACUGCUCAAACAUCCAAUGCCUUCCUUUACAAUGGAUACUAAUAACAAGACUAAUAAAAUAUAAUA